AUGUCACUACCUAACAAUAAUUCCUUUUCCGCAACACCACCUCCAAUCAGACUGACCACCCCUACUAUAUCAUUACGAUCUGCGGCAUCAAAUUCCAACAUGCCAACUGCCGGUAGCCCCUCACAAAGUUACGAUGAGCAGAUAUCGAAUUUAAAUAGUGUUUAUUCCACUGUUGAUUUCAAAACUAUUGGUAAACAUUUGGUUAACCCUGAGGACAGUUUGAAAUUACAAGGUGGCGAUGUCGCUAGAAGGUUAUACCAUCAGAUGGAAAAUACACCUGCGGGGGUAACAUUUGUUGGCGACGAAAAUGGAGGUGCUAAGAAACGGACAAGAAGUUCGUCAUUUUCGACAUACUUGGAGGAAACAAGACGGGGAUCAACUGCAAGUGAUAUAAAUGUCCCUGGUGGAUUUAGACGCGAGUUUCUUAUUAAUCAGUCAAUAAAGAAAAAUCAAACCCCUCCAAACUUUUUAACCAGAAAUUUUAUCGAAUUUCUUAGUAUUUAUGGACAUUUUGCUGGUGAAGAUUUCACCGAUGAUGACGAGGAUGAAACAGAUAACCUACUGGAUGCAUCCUAUGAGGAUGUGUUUGACGAAGAGUCUAGUUUAUUGGGACGAGAAAGACGCGGGGGUGCAGGUUAUGGUAUUCAUCAAAUUCCAAAACCUAAAUCAAAGGUAGUGAAAGCACAAGCACAUGGUACAGCAUCAAUAGGGAAAGCAUUCUUUCUUGUAUUCAAAUCAUUGGUGGGUUCGGGGGUAUUAUUUUUACCACGAGCUUUCUACAAUGGUGGGUUACUUUUUUCAAUCAUUACAUUGUCAUUAUUCGGAUUAAUAACAUUUUUCUGUUAUAUGAUAUUGAUAGAUUCAAAGAAUCACCUUAAAUUAACUUCGUUUGGGGAAUUGGGAUACAAAACUUAUGGGAAACCAUUGAAAUUUUGCAUUUUAAUUUCAAUUAUUAUGAGUCAAGUUGGGUUUGUUGCAACUUAUAUUUUAUUCACCGCUGAAAAUUUGAUUUCAUUUAUUAAACAAUAUAUUGUUGAUACACCACCAUGGAUAAGUCAUGCAAAUAUUGUUAUUGCGCAAUGUAUAAUUAUGAUUCCUUUGGUGUUGAUUAGAAACCUUACUAAAUUAUCAUUUGUUUCUGUUGUCUCCUCAAUAUUUAUAAUUGUUGGAUUAAUAAUUAUAUUUUGGUAUUCGGGAUUAAAUUUGUACAUCAAUGGUAUUGGACCAAAUAUUACAAAUUUCAACUCAACAAGUUGGACUAUGUUGAUUGGGGUAGCUGUGACUUCAUUUGAAGGUAUUGGUUUAAUAUUACCUAUAGAAUCUUCAAUGAAACAGCCAGAAAAGUUUCCUAUGGUAUUAUCUACAAGUAUGGCGGUUAUAACUGUUGUAUUUGUGGCAAUUGGUACUGUGGGGUAUCUUUCAUUUGGAGAAAAAAUAAAGUCGAUUAUUAUCUUGAAUUUACCACAAAAUAGUAUUGCAGUUCAAUCCAUUUUAAUAUUGUAUUCAAUUGCAGUAUUUUUAACCGCACCUUUACAAUUAUUCCCAGCCAUAAAAAUUGGAGAAUCAUUGAUUUUCAGGCAUAAGGGGAAAGUGGUGUCUCAUCAUAGUAGCAGUACCACAAGAAGAACGGAAGAAGAAGAAGAAGAAGGCAAAUUGUAUCACCAUUCCGGGAAGUAUAACCCUCAAGUUAAAUGGUUAAAGAAUUUAUUCCGGUCAAUAGCAGUGGCUACAAUUUGUACAUUGGCAUAUCUCAACUCUAAUAACAUUGACAAAUUCGUAUCAUUCAAUGGUUGUUUUGCAUGCAUACCAUUGGUUUAUAUUUACCCACCAUUGAUCCAUUUAAAGACAAUAAAAGCAAGACUAGCAGUAAACAAGACUUUAUUUAAUUGGCUGGUUAUUGUGUUUGAUUACUUGUUAAUUACCGUUGGGAUUAUUUUGGUAGUUUACUCAACCUACCAAAUAAUCUUUUUAAAUUAG